UCCUGAGAUAGAGGGAGGAGUUACUACACAAUCACCUAGUAACCAGUAACGUAAACUGACCAGAAGGGUCGUAAAUACGAAACCCGAUCCGCGAAGUCGGAUCUUUUGUGCAGCUGCUUCAACGCUCGCAGACUGAACUUGUCUCGAGAUUGAGAAGACAACCCUUGCAAUUUUUGAAGGAAUAAAGAAAAGGGAAUAGGAAUGUGCACGCAACACAUGGACAACGUGGGAAAGCAUCGAUGCACGCGGCUGGUAUUAAGAGACAGGAGUUCAUAAUAAACAACGAACGCUUCCUCGAGCGAGUGGAAUAAAUCCGUAGUUUCACACAUUUUUAUUUGGUAGAGUGGAUUACUGAUGUUGCAGCUUAAUGCCGGAACUCAACAUAAAACCAGAAAGCCCUCCUGUAAAACAUGGUGAGAGGGGCUCUUGAAACCGAUGGGCUUACCAGGCAACAUUGCUGCCAGCAUAGACCACUCUAACUAAUGUGAAAGUGAUGGGGAUGAUAAUUAUAUUACACAUAGCAAUGAUGGAACACCCACAUUGACGAAGAUUAACUGCAUCUAUCUUCAGUGCGCUGCAGCCAAUCAGCAUGCUGCGGUCGCUCAAAUUUGGCCGCGUCUACCGAUGUGGCAAGUUCCUCUUCAUCGUAGCGCUUUUUGUUAUUCUGCUGAUGAACACUCACAACCUGUUCGCCUCGUUUCAGAGGAACGAGCUUACUGACCGCCGAUUCAUCGGCCUCAACAAGUGUCCGGCCUGCUUCGGCACUAGCUGGUGCCGCAAGUUCAUGAAUGGCCAGGUGACCUUCGAGAUGUGGGGUCGCCUGCGUUUCCUAGACUUUUUCAAUGUAAAGAACGUCUAUUUUGCUCAAUACGGAGAACCCAGGGAAGGAACGCGCAGGGUCGUGCUCAAGCGCCUGGGCUCCAACCAAGAGCUGGCAGAGAUCGAUCAGAAGAUCUGCAAACGAGCCACUGGAAGACCACGCUGUGAUCUCAUUCAGGGUAUGUACAAAACGGAGUUUGCCAGACUUAACGGGGACGUAAGACUGCUGACCCCAGAGGUGGUGGAGGGCUGGUCGGAUCUAGUGCACUGCCCCUCGCAGAGGCUUCUGGACAGAGUGGUCAGGAGGUAUGCAGAGACCAAGGACUCUGGAAGCUUCCUGCUGAAGAACCUUAAAGACACGGAGCGAAUGCAGCUGCUGAUGACGUUGGCAUUCAACCCUGAACCUCUUGUGCUGCAGAGUUUUCCUUCCGAUGAGGGCUGGCCGUUCGCCAAAUACCUGGGGGCCUGCGGCCGGAUGGUGGCGGUGAAUUACGUGGGCGAGGAGCUCUGGAGCUUCUACAAUGCACCAUGGGAGAAAAGAGUAGAUCUGGCCAAGCAGCUGAUGGACAUCGCCGAGCAGCUGACCAACAACGACUUUGACUUUGCCCUUUACCUCCUAGACGUCAGCUUCGACAACUUUGCAGUCGGGCCUCGUGACGGGAAAGUCAUCGUCGUCGAUGCAGAAAACGUCAUAGUGGCAGACAAAAGACUGAUAAAGCAGAAUAAACCAGAAAACUAUGACGUGUGGUAUGAGAGCCGCUACGAGGAAUGUGACAAAGAGGCCUGCCUCUCUUUCUCCAAGGACAUCCUCUGCUCGCGAGUCACCGUGGACCACAACUACUAUGCUGUCUGUCAGAACCUGCUCUCCAGAUUCGCCACCUGGCGUGGCACCACGGGCGGUCUCCUUCACGACCCCCCUGCUGACGUGGUCAAAGACGGGCGCCUCAUAGCCCUGCUGGAUGAGUGCACCAGGCCUCAGAAACGUUACGGCCGCUUCCAGGCAGCUAAAGAACUGCGGGAGUUCCUGACACAACUCUCAGAGCUGAGCAAUACUAACAGGUAGUGUCGAGUACAGGGGACGCUGCUGCUCCUGCAUUCUGUGGCCCCCCUCAAAAACAAAAAAAAAAGACUUCAGAAGUACUUUUACAAAUCUGCUGCCAGAUUCUGGAACACUUUCGUACACCUUCAAGGGAGUCGCUAUUUCGUUGCCGCUAUUAAUCAUGCCAACAUUGGUUCCAGUCCUGCCCAGGGCUAAUUAAGAAGUUUGCACAUGAACAUGGAUUAAAGGGUCGUGUGAAAAUCAGCAGACUAGAGGCUCAAACUGCUGUGAUCGCACUAGUUUGUGUGUGUGUGUGUCUGUGUGUGUGAUUGUGAGCUGAUGCUUCAGUGAACCCUCACUGCUAUUAUCGGUUCUGAUCAGCAUUCUAUAAUACGGUUUCUAUUUAAUUUAUAAAUUGGGUGCUGUAAGGGCACCGUGAGCAGCGGUUAUUACUGACGUGACACAGGGAGCUUUGUUUGUUUAGGUGAAUCUCAAAAAAAAAAAAAGUUCAGGUCAUGUUUUACCCGAGAAAAUAAAAAGAAGAAAUGAUUUUCAAUGUAACAUAUUCCUGUUUUGGCCAGAAACAUAAUUACAUUUUAGGAGAAAUUUGUUUUUGACAUAUUUCCCAAAAUUCUCAUUAUUGUAAUGCAAAAUUUUUUUGCUUUAUUUUUGUUAUUCAUGUUAAUCUCAUCAUGUUAAUACAGUAAAUUAAAAAAAAUUUAGUAUAAAAAAAAAUAUUUAAAGCAUCAUAAAUUUAAGGCAGUGUAAUACUACCAUGAUGUUUAAAUAUAUAUUUAAAUAUCAAAUUAAAGAUUUAAUCAAAAUAUGCUUUCUUAUUUGAUUUUUGGGUGAAAUAUCACCAGGACAUGUUCUUGACAGGCUUUGAGAUUCAUCCAUUUGUGUUUUCUCUAUAUUCGAUUAACCACCUGAUUUCUUUGCUACGGGAAACUUAGUGAAGUCUUAACUGAAUUUGAAAGUGUGCUUGGUCAAAUUAUCCAAGGGAAAUUUGAUCAAGUGUUUCCUGUUACAAUUAACCUUUUUGGUGAGGCGUUGAAGCUUUUUGUAAAAGUGGCAGUCGGUGUCAGUGAUGGUAGUUGGAUGACAUGAUUAAAAAAAUAACCUGAAAUCAAAAUAUAUAAAAAAAAAAAAAAGAAAAAAAAAAAAAAGGAUUUAAAACAACCGAGUAUGCAAGAAUAAAAAUACCAAAGAAUGUUGUCACCAUUGUGUGGUUCAUUUUGUUCUUUUAGCUUUGACCAAGAUUGUUCAAAAAGGGAAACCACAAUAAAACUUUUAUUUUUCAUGUUUCUGUCUUCAUAAACCUUUGUUAUUGUAGUUUUUUUUUUUUUUUACCUUUUUGGAUAGAUGCUGUUUAAUUUUUCAUAAGCUUAAAACAACUAUGGCAUACCGUUACAUUCACUUGCACUUGCACUUGCAUUGAGUUUACAGAGACAAGUUGCACUACAUUUUCAAAUCAUUUUUCCUCAUAGACCCUUUAAUGUUUGCCGUCAUCAAUAUUGUCCUUUAAAAUAUUUUUGUGGGUUUUUUUUUUUUCUUUUUUUUUUUUCUCCCUCCUACUCAUGUUACCCUUGUUUGUAAUAAGCAAUAUUGGGAGUUGAUUGUGUUUAAUGAACUAUUGCUUUAAAUAUUCCUCUCAUUACAUAUUGGUUUGAAGACAUUCCAAACUUUGAAAUCCGCUGUUUAUGUUUGUUGAGUUAUUUGUGCAUUUUCUGUAAGAAAAAUGUCUGCUUUCUGUACGUUUGUUUUGAGACUACGGAAAAGUCUGGUCGUACUGUGCCUUUCAUUCAAAAGUUGUAUUUUCGACUGGAUAAGAAAUUUAAAAGUAUAUUAAAGUUUAUCUAUACUUA